AUGGGUGUUAAUGACCUGACUCUGGACCUUACUGUGGAAGGAAGUCAACGGGGACCUAACUUAAAUCUGGAAGGUCGAUGGGGACCUGACUUGACUCUGGGAAAUCGGCAGGUGCCUGAAUGGACUCUGGGAGGUCGACAGGGACCUGACUGGACUCUGGGAGGUCGACGGGGACCGGACUGGACUCUGGAAGGUCGACGGGGACCGGACUGGACUCUGAAAGGUCGACGGGGACCGGACUGGACUCUGAAAAGUGAACUGGGACCGUACUGGACUCUGAAAAGUGAACUGGGACCCUGGAGCCACACUAUUAAAGAGACUGACCCAUGGUGGAGAGUGGAUCUACUGAAAGUAUAUAGAGUGAACAGGGUCACCAUCACUAAUAGACCAGGUCAGGCUACAAGGAUAAACGGAGCGGUGAUCCGUAUCGGGAACUUUCUUGACAUUUAUAGCAAUGACAUAUGUGGUGUGAUUUCUACUCUUGGAGCCGGUGCCACAGUCAACUUCUCAUGCGGUGGGAUGGUGGGACGUUAUAUGGUUGUUCAUAUUUCUGGAAAUCAGAAGAUUCUUAGUAUUGCUGAAGCUGGAGUCUACGGGAAUUUGGCAGGAAAUCGGGCAGUAGGAGGAGCAACUAUGCAGUCGUCAACAUCUGCAGACUGGUUUUCUGAAAAGGCCAUUGAUGGUAAUCGAGGUCUCCAGCAGUUGAAUACGGGAUGUUCCUCAACACUUAAUGAGACUAACCCGUGGUGGAGGCUGGAUCUGCAUGAUGUCUACAGAGUUAGUGAAGUGGUCAUCACUAAUAGAAAAAACUGUUGUGCAGAAUGGAUAAACGGAGCAGAGAUUCACAUCGGAAACUCUUUGGAGAACAAUGGUACCAGCAAUCCCAUAUGUGCUGUUAUUCCUGAUAUUCCAGCAGGAAAGUCCAACAACUACUCGUGUUAUAGAUUGGAGGGACGUUAUGUGAUUAUUCAUAUUCCUGGAGACUGGAAGAUUCUUACUCUUUGUGAGGUUGAAGUCUACGGCUAUUUGGCAGAAAAUCUGGCGGUAGCUGGAGCUGCUAUACAGUCGUCAACAUCUGCAGACUGGUUUGCUGAAAAGGCCAUUGAUCGAGGUCUCCAGCAGUUGUAUACUGGAUGCUCCUCAACUAUUCCUGAGAAUAACCCGUGGUGGAGGCUGGAUCUGCGUCAUAUCUACAGAGUUAGUAAAGUGGUCAUCACUAAUAGAAAAGACUGCUGUGCAGAACGAAUAAACGGAACAGAGAUUCGUAUCGGAAACUCUUUGGAGAAUAAUGGCACCAACAAUCCCAUAUGUGCUGUUAUUCCUGCUAUUCCAGCAGGUGAGUCCUAUAGCUACUCAUGUGAUGGGAUGGAGGGACGUUACGUGAAUCUGAUCAUUCCUGGAGACAUGAAGACUCUCACUCUGUGUGAGGUGAAGGUCUAUGGAGAAGGUCCCUUUUUAAAAAGAUCAUUUAUAAAACUGAUGUUUGAUUCCAGCAAAGAUUUGACCGAUUCUACAAUGAGAGAAAAUAUUCUGAAACAGUUGGGAUCUGCUCUGGUUGAUAGAGGAUUCACAGAUGUGACAUUGAGUUGGUCUCAAAUCCCUAAACAGGAAGUUAUGCAGAAUGUGAACACUGGCAAAAGAGGAAAUAGCAUUUCAGCUCAACUACUGAAUAUAUCACAAGGUUGUUGCACCGCUGCAGAGUAUGCCAUUGAGUUCCGAACAAUUGCCACUCAGAAGGUGUUCAGCAAGACCAAAGCCACCCAGUUACCACCCCACCGACUAUGGGAUUGCACUAUAGAUCUACUUCCCAACGCCAUCCCACCUAAGAGUAAGGUCUACCCACUAUCAAGAGUUGUAAGCCUGGCAAUGGAAGAAUAUGUUGAAGAAGCCCUGAGCUCCGAUAAAUGA